CACCGUUGCUAUAUGCAAAUCGAUCGUCAGCGGACAAUUUUGAGAAGGAGCCAAAGGAAUUCGAAUGAAUCCUUAAGUCAGGCAGCAAUAUACGGUUUUAUAUGUUUGACUUUUAGCAGUGUUUUCGGCCCCUAGUUAAUAUUAAUGUUUUAUCCUUCCCGAACCAGUUUGUUUGCCUUUGUUGUCCUCGUUGCUGGUCUAUACUUCGUCGAUCGUAACACAAUGGAAGAAGACAAGUUUGCUAUCAAUGUGGAGUGGUAUGAUGAAAUAUCUUCACUUGUGCGUCCAUUCAUGCUGUUUUACUUCCCUUCCGACAGAACUGUUGAAAUGUAUGACAGUAAACAGAAGAAAACCUUCUUGAAGAGAUCGUUCUGCGAAACAGUUUCAGAAAUGGAUUUGUAUAUUGGAAACAAAGUUUCCGUGUUCGGAAGGGAAUUGAAAGUUAUUGAAUACCUUGACGAAGCAACUCGAAAUGAGUUGACACGGAAAUCUGAAAGGACUUACGCCAUGCUCAAACCAGAAGUCAUCCCAAAGAUGGGAAAUAUUUUAUCAUUUAUUGAAGGAAAGGGAUUCAAGUUCAACAGAAUGAUGCUGACAAAAAUCAGUGCCACAAGGGCAGCAGAAUUCUACAAAGAACACCUUGGUCGUCCAUUUUAUGAAAAACUUGUCAAUUACAUUUCUUCUGGCCCUGUGCUCGCCAUGGAGCUUUUAGCACCAUCAGCCGUAAGAUAUUGGCGAGUAAAUUUGGGACCUACUGAUCCUGCUGUGGCCCGCAGCGAUGCCCCUAAUACAGUGCGAGGCUUGUUUGGUACAGAUACCACAUAUAAUGCGGCCCAUGGUUCAGAUUCUCCAGAAGCUGCUGCCAGGGAACUUAAUUUGAUAUUCAACAAUCUGAGUAGCCACUACGAGCCUUCGUAUAUAAAAACUCUGUGCCUUGUAAAGCCCCACGUUCUUCAAGAAGGGAAACUAGGUGCUCUCAUUACUGCCAUCCAAGAAAAUAACUUCAGAAUAUCUAGUCUAAAGCUACAGAGAAUGCCCUUAGCUGAUGCUGAUCAGUUCUUUCUGGCUUACAAAGGAGUUUGGGAUGAUUAUCCGGCGCAAAUCAAACAUUACAGUUCAGGUCCAUCUGUGGCAUUGAGUAUUGACUCCGACGUGAAUACUUUUCGAGAGUUUGUUGGUUCAUUUGAUCCGAAUACUGCAGGAAAAUUGCAGCCUUCAUCUUUGCGUGCACGUUUUGGCUAUGACACGAUUCACAACGCCAUUCAUUGCACUGAUCUCCCUGACGAUGGAGUUCGAGAGGUUGAGUUCUUUUUCAAGGAUGGGGGCAGUUUCCAGUAGAAGAAAACCCGAAAAUACAUUUUUAAAAAAAGAAGAAAAUAAAAAACCAGCAUCAUAAAUGGGUUGACCACAGCAGACCUUACUCGUGAAGGGUAACGAGGAAA